UGACGCAUAGACUGACGUUUCUCCUCCAUCCAUAAACAAAUAAUAUCCAGCCACAAGACUUUAUCGAAAAAUCGUUGUCGUCGACUUAUUUCCACUUCUGAGAGACUUACACUGAGCUAAUUAAAAUGCGAAUCCCGAUAAUUUAUUGUGCCUACGUUGCCCUGCUUUGUCUUAUCGGUGUGAAUGCCGAAGCAAAAUUGAAAAUUGGCAUUAAAAAACGGGUUGAGUGCACAAAUAAAACGAAAAAAGGCGAUCUGGUUCACAUACAUUAUACGGGUACUCUCGAGGAUGGUACUGAAUUUGAUAGCAGUUUGCCACGCGGCCAACCAUUAACAUUUACAGUUGGUGCCGGGCAGGUGAUCAAAGGAUGGGACCAAGGCCUAUUGGGAAUGUGCGAGGGCGAAAAACGUCGUUUAGUCAUCCCACCGGAACUGGGCUAUGGAAAAUCGGGUGCCGGAGCGAAAAUUCCACCCGAUGCAACAUUGAUUUUCGAAACGGAACUGAUCAAAAUCGAACGAAAAAACGAACUUUAAAUUUUGGAGAGAACUUCAUUUUCAACUUCAUUUUGAUAGAAACAUUUUCCUUUCGUGGCGAUUUCCAAUAAAAGUUUACAUUUUCAAUACUU